AUGGACGACAAAGGUGGAUAUCGACAGAUCAAUUCUGCAUUCAAUGCGUGCGCGUUCGACGACAUCUUGGGGAGCCAGAUGGCACAACUUCCUGAACUGCCCGAUGUCGAGCAGCUCACGCCGCGAGUGCUCCGCAUCUUGGGACAGAACCCGGGCAAGUUCACGUUCCAAGGCACCAACACUUACGUAAUUGGCACGGGCCGCCAGCGACUGAUCAUCGACACUGGAGGCGGAGAGGCAGACUGGGCGAGUCUGAUCAACGACACGCUGAAAGCACGCGGCAUCACCAUCGCGCGUGUCUUGUUGACGCACUGGCAUGGCGAUCAUACCGGCGGCGUGGCCGAUUUGAUCCGCCUGUAUCCGGACCUGGAGCAUCACAUCUACAAGAACCAGCCGGACAGAGGCCAGCAGAACAUCUACCAUGCACAGACGUUCGACGUCGAAGGCGCCACCGUGCGCGCUCUACACACUCCCGGCCACUCGGAAGAUCACAUGUGCUUCAUCCUGGAGGAAGAAGGAGAGCCGCGUGCCAUGUUUACGGGUGACACCAUCCUAGGACACGGCACUAGCACGAUGGAAGAUCUAAGCAGCUUCAUGGACAGCCUGCAGAACAUCACCGACCAGCAGUGCGAGGUUGGCUACAGCGCCCAUGGUGCCGUCAUCGAAAACCUACCACUGAAGAUGGUGCAAGAGCUGCGGCACAAGACCCGACGAGAGGCACAAGUCUUGACAGCGCUCGCGAGUUAUGCCAGUCGCGGUCAGAGAAGUCUCACGACAAGUGAAUUAGUGGCAGAGAUCUAUGGGCAGUCACUCAACGCAGAGACUCGUGCCUUUGCCUUGGAGCCAUUCAUUGACCAAGUCCUGCGCAAGCUCGCUGGUGACGGUAAGGUCGGCUUUGAGGUAAGAGCUGGCCAACGAAAGUGGUUCAUCAUGGACAUGAUGCAAGGAAGCAUUCGUCCAGCUCGAUCUGGUUCCGCUCGGGAGAUACUGGUCGCCGCAUAG